AUUGGGUUUGAGAUUUUGAGGCAUUUGAAGCAAACAUAUUUUUAAAAAAGAGAUCGUCGGAAUACAACGGUCCAACUCCCUUCACCCCUCUUCUUCUACCUCGCCGUUCACCGUCCCAUCGCUUUCCUCCAUGAAUUCCACAUCUUUCUACUAUGCCACCGCCACCGCCACCUCUUUCUCCUACUCUUCUAAUAAUCACCAUUCUACCCCUCCCAAUUCCACCCCUGUCCUUCUCCAACCUUCUCCUCCUCCCUCCCUUCAAUCCUCCGCUGCCGCGAAGAUCCAGGCCGCCUACCGUUCUCACCGGAUCCGCAGUCUCUACAAAACUAUAGCCGCCAUCGACAGAGAGGCCGAUCAGAUCCAGGCUCUAAUUCAGCGCCAGGAGACGGUCGACGCCGUCAGAAGCAACGAUCACGAGAAGCUGAGGAUGAACGAGGCGUUGAUGAGUAUCCUUCUUAGGUUGGACUCGGUGCCGGGGAUCGAUCCCGCGGUGAGGGAGGCGAGGAGGAAAGUGAGCCGUCGGAUCGUCGGCUUGCAGGAGAUCUUGGACGCCGUGUCGGAGGCGAAGGUGGACUUCAACGGAUGGGAUUGCGACGGAUUUGUGAGGAAUUGGGACGAGACGUUGGCGGAGAUGGAGGCGGAGGUUUGCCGGGAGAGAGGCGGCGAUGAAAUGGAGAGGUUCUGUGCUCAGUUCUUAGGGUUCCGUUGCUUCCAGAGGUUUCUCAGUGGGUCCUAAUCUACUGUGGAGUUGCCUACAGUUAUCUUGCACAUUCUACUAAGAUUUGGACACGUGUUUUAUUGUUAUUAUUUUUAAGCCAAGGGAUUAUAAAAUGUGUGCAGUUUAUAAAAUUAGAAAUCAAAGGAAGGAAUUUUAUUAAGUGUUUGAAAAUUAUGGAAUAUUUUAAUGGCUAAA